ACAACAAUCUUUAGAAUUUUUCAAAGAGCUUCCAUCGGAAGCAGUAUUAAAGUACGACUAUAAAACAGAGGCCAAACACAUAAUCAUCAAUCACUCACUUCUUCUUCUUCGAAUUGCAAUUAAUACCCAAAACAGAAAAAACCAUGGUUUCCAACCAAAACCUGCCAUCAGCCACUACGCUUCUAUCAGCAUACACGACCGUUGCUGCUUCCGCCCUUCUUGCCAAAACAGUGAUAAACGAAGUCCAAUCCAUGGCCAGUCAGAUCAUACCCCAAAAGAUUCAGCAAAACCUACUCUCGAAACUCAAGUCCCUUACUGGAACUCUCCAAUCCCACAUGACUCUCGUAAUUGACGAAUUCGCCCAUGAUGGGAUUACCAAAAAUGACAUCUUUACUGCCGCUGACCUUUUCCUAAGAGCUAAACUCGCCACUUCAGUUUCAAUUGCUCGAGCCAAGAUCCUGAAGGUACCCGAUGAGAACGAGCCUUCUCUCUCUGUCUUCAAUGGGGAAAAGAUCGAGGAUUUCUUCCAAGGAAUUCACGUCGUCUGGGAACUGUCUUCUGUGGAAGUUGAAAAAAAGAACUUGGACUAUGAAGGCAUCUUUUCUAGUGAAAAAUCGGAGAAGCGGUCGCUGGAGCUCAAAUUUCACAAGAAGUUCAACGACGAGAUUCUUUCCAAGUACAUUCCGCACUUGCUGGAGAGAGCCAAGUCCAUAAAACAGGGAAACAAGACGGUUAUGCUCAAUGCUCUUGGCUCCUAUAUAUCAGUCAAACUGAACCAUCCUUCCACUUUUGAAACAAUGGCAAUGGACCCCACCACCAAGAAGGACCUUAUGGACGAUCUGGAUAGGUUUCUCAAUAGAAGGGAAUUCUAUCAAAGAGUCGGUAAAGCUUGGAAACGUGGCUAUUUGCUUUACGGUCCACCAGGAACCGGCAAGUCUAGCUUGAUCGCCGCCAUGGCUAACUAUCUCAAGUUCGACGUCUACGAUUUGGAGCUCACCAGCCUCCAAUCGAAUUCAGAUUUCAAGAACUUGCUCCUUAACACGGAGAAUCGUUCAAUCUUGGUCAUUGAAGACAUUGAUUGCAGCGCAGAAUUCCAUACCAGACAGGAUGUCGGAGGACUCGGCGAUGAUAACGAUAAACAGCUGACUCUGUCGGGACUGCUGAAUUUCAUCGACGGGUUAUGGUCGAGUUAUGGAGACGAGAGGAUAAUUGUGUUCACGACCAAUCACAAAGACAGACUUGACCCGGCACUGUUGAGGCCGGGCAGGAUGGACAAGCACAUUCACAUGUCGUACUGCAAUUUUAGCAGUUUCAGAAUCCUAUGUUCCAACUAUCUUGGAAUAAGCUUCCACCCGAAAUUCGCACAAAUCGAGGAGCUCAUAAUAGAAGCCGAGGCAACUCCUGCAGAGAUAGCAGAAGAGCUCAUGAGGAGCGAAGAUGCAGACAUUGUGCUGGAAGCUGUUAUUGCUUUGCUGAAGAGGAAGAACAAGGCAGCUAUUGAAGAAGGAAAACAAGAACAGAGUAACAAUGAAAAAAGGAAGCAAGUUGUUGAUGAUGAUGAUGAAGAACCCAUGAUUGUGAAGAGAAACAAGAGGAGAAGGAGGUCCAAACGGUUGAGGAACAAACAUAGCAUUAACAACGGCUGGAUUAUCUAGAGAGGUUCCUUAUAUGGAUGAAAUCGAGAAUUUAAGAAUAAAAUUAAAAUAGUAAGUUUGUAUGGCAUUGAAAAAUGAGUAAAAUGUAACAUGUAUGAUAAAUAAGAUAA